AUGGCAGAGACACCGACACACAGCAUCCCGUCCUGCUGGCCUGCUCUUUACUUAGAAAGAAGCAACAUGAGUAUUCAUCGUUCUCUGCUUCUCACCCCUGUCCGCGAGUGGGAUGCACUGUCCGCCGCGGGGCUAACCCCGGGGGACUGGGUGGGGCCCCCGGCGCCGCGGGCCGGGCUGGGCCUCUCCGUCGACCGAGGCCGAGCAGCGCGUGAGGCCCGCGUCCGGCUCCGCCCGGGGCGCGUGUGCGCUCGGAGCGGGGCAAGCGGCCUCGCGGCGGGUUCAAGUGCAUCCCCGGAGUUGGAGCCCGCAGCGGUGGGAACGAGCUCUCCCUCGCGCAGCCCCCUCUCCGGAGUCCAGCGCGGCCCGCCGCCCCGGGGACCCCUCUCCGCGGCCCUCCCCGUCGGGCUGGCCGUCGGCCUGGGACAGGGACUCAGCCCCGGGCUCACGGCCACGGGCUCUCCAAGUCCAACGUGGAGACUCAGGCACGAAAAAGAAGUCCGACUUCCUCUCCACGCUGCUUCGAGUGGAAUCUGGAAUCAGCAGGAAAUUGCUGGAGCACCCAGCCCGCGCCUUUGCAGUCAGCCCUCGCUCUGGUGA